AACAUCACUACAGUUAAUAAAGUGUAUUGUGGUCACUGCAAUCCAAAGGUGCGGCGGUGUGUUUGUCCGCAACAAGUCACAAACUCCCAAACGCCGCGGAGCUUUGGACGCAGCCGGGAUGAUGAGCAUUUAUGAUCAUGUACGGCGCUUCUGUUAUUGUCAGUGGGAGGGGAGCACAUGUCUUGUAAGUGAAAUUACGCUCGGCGAAAGGAGGCUCGAGCUGUUUUGUAUUGUUGCCGAUGCCCCGCCUCUGAUGGUAGCCUUAAACCUGGCACCAAGCUAAAACAAACCAAAGCCUGCACCGAGCUCCCACUCAAUCCAAUUAAGGCGGACUCGAGGCUCUCCUACGUGUUCAUCUACCAGGAUCGACGUUGAGACAACAGGAACCAGAGGGGCUUUGGCCAAAAAAAAAAAAAAAAAAAAAAAAAAAAAAAAAGGGAGAGAGAAGGAGAGAUUGCCUUGCCUUCUAAUUUCUCCCUCUCCAGCCCCAGAACAAUGUCGAUGAGCCCUAAGCAUACGACUCCUUUUUCUGUUUCCGAUAUCUUGAGUCCCCUUGAGGAGAGCUAUAAGAAAGUAAGUAUGGAGAAUAACAACUUGGGGGCACCUCUCACUUCUUACCGGCAGCCGCAGGUCUCUCAAGCGGCGAUGCAGCAGCACCACAUGGGCCAUAAUGGGACUGUGUCUGCGGCUUACCACAUGACUGCUGCAGGUGUCUCUCAGCUGUCACACACGGCCAUGGGGGGCUACUGUAACGGCAACCUGGGCAACAUGGGCGACCUGCCGUCCUACCAGGAUGGCAUGAGGGGCAGCGCGACGGCCACCGGCUGGUACGGAGCCAACCCGGACCCGCGGUUCUCCACCAUUUCUCGCUUCAUGGGCUCUUCGUCGGGCAUGAACAUGGGCAGCAUGGGCAGCCUGAGCUCCCUGGCGGACGUGGGUAAAGGCAUGGGCUCCCUGUCCAGCACCCCGAGGAGAAAGAGGCGCGUGCUGUUCUCGCAGGCGCAGGUGUACGAGCUGGAGCGCCGCUUCAAGCAGCAGAAAUACUUGUCUGCGCCGGAGAGGGAACACCUGGCAAGUAUGAUCCACCUCACCCCGACGCAGGUGAAGAUCUGGUUCCAGAAUCACCGGUACAAGAUGAAGAGGCAGGCGAAGGACAAAGUGUCCCAGCAGCAGAUGCAGCAGGACAGCGGCUCCUGCCAGCAGCAGCAGCAGCAGUCCCCGCGGAGGGUGGCGGUGCCGGUGCUGGUGAAGGACGGAAAGCCGUGCCAGGGCAGCGGCCACACGCCGACGUCCUCGGCGCAGACACACCACCAGCAAGGGGGCAACGUCAUGAUCAUGUCCAACAACACGUCCGGCCUCGGGCCGCAUCAGAACCAGCAGGUGGGGAGCACGGGCCACUCUCCGGACUUGGCGCCACACUCCUCCAGCCCCCCGUCCCUGCAGAGCCAGGUGGCCGGCCUCUCGCACCUCAACUCCCCGGGCGCAGAGUACGGCUCGGCGCUGCAGUGCUCGGCCCUGUUAUACGGCAGGACGUGGUGACACGAGGCGCCAGCGAUCGUUUGAAAUUUUUCUUCUAUUCACACGAAAAAAAGAAAAGACUUUUUUUUCCCCUCCUCCUGUCAAGACUGGGCAAGUUUCACUGUAAAUGUGCGAAUUUGAACAAGAACCGAGAAAACCGUGCAGCUCUUUUUGAUUUUUUUUUAAUUUGAUUUUUAUUUUUACUUUUUUUUUUUUUUUUUUUGCUUUUUGAAAGGAAGUGUGACUGUGUGGAAGAAACACUUGUCCAAAAAGUGCGGACGUGGGAUUUAUUUAUGUAAAUUAUAUCGAGACAAAAGAAGAAUCAGCAGUCAAAUAGGCCGCAGGAAAAAACAAAAAACUGAACUUGAACAGGGACUAUAAGCGACAGGACUGCUGAAUUAUGGGUGCUGUUAAAUUCCUCCUUCAAAAAAAAAAAAAAAAAAAAAAUCACCCACGAUAACUCUGGUUUAUAAUAGGAUUUAAUGUGAGCCGUAGAUCUAGCGUGUAUAUUU